AUGACCCAAGGAGACGCACAAGAGUCUUGUGUCGUAGACCGGCACGAUGAGCAACAGAAUGAAAAGACGGCACCUUCAAUCGGUCUUCUGGCUGAGCGACUCGCCAACGCCAACACAAGCCGCUUUUACACCUCCGCCCAAUGGACAGCCGAUGGCACCUCCAUCCUCGCAGCAUCCUCAGACCAGACCGUGGCCUCCUUCAUUCUCCCCGCAGACCUCCUGCACCCUGCAGGAGAACCUCGCCAUCUGGCCCGUCAGGCCAGCAUCAAGCUCCCAGAACCCACCCAGACCCUCGCCGGCGCGCCCUACUUCUCCCUGGCCAACCCAGCUUCGCAGACCUUUCUGGUGGGAUGCCGAGAUCACCCCCUACACCUGUACCACGCGUUCCCUCAGCUCGACGAUGCUGAUGCCCCUGAGGAUGUCGCAAGUCGGCCCAUCUACACCUACAAGCUCAUCCGCAUGGAGUCGGAGCAGUACAUCUCCCCCGCUUCCCUGCUGUGGGAGUAUCCCGGGACGCACUUCAUCUGUGGCUCAGCGAACCGCAUCGAUCUCUUCGACGCAUCCGGCCACUGCGCCGACGGGCCGACCUUGACCAUUCCGACGAUUCCAUCCCGGAGACACAUCUCCAAGGGUAGCGGCGUAGGCAUGAAGGGCACCGUGGCCGCCCUGGCAGCGUCGCCUCCCGCCGAUGCCAGCGGCCACGGCUCCAUCUUGGCCGCCGGCACCUGGACCCGCUGGAUGGGGACGUACGAUAUCCACCGCACUGAUAGGGUUGUUGCGAACUGGUCGAUCGCCGAUGCGGAUGAAAAGGCGUUUCGCAUCAGCCUGGGAGGCCAGGGCAUCGUGCAGACGGCAUGGAGCCCCUGCGGGCGGUAUCUUGUCGUGAAUGAGCGCCAGGCGGACGGGCUGUUGGUCUACGACAUUCGAGGCACUGGACAGCUCUUGGCGGUGCUGAAUGGUCGCAGGGCAACUACCCAGCAGCGGCUUCACUUUGAUGUUUUCCAGGGAGAGACUGGAUUCGAGGUCUGGGCUGGGACACAGGACGGUACUGUGGCUGUAUGGGAAGAGGUGGGUAUGAGAAAUGAUGUCGUAGAGCCUUCUUGGACGUGGAAGGCGCAUGAGUCUCCGGUAGGAAGCACGAUUGUGCACUCUAGCGGCUCUGUUGCAGCAACUUGUUCUGGAGGCUGGGGGUAUCCGCGAGAGAGCAGACAAGGCCAUGCAGCGGAAUCUCACCAUAGACAAGUCUUUGACGAGUCCUCACUAAGAGUUUGGUCCAUUGGCGGACCAGAGCCAGGAGCCUGAGCCAAUCCCCUUGAUAUCUCUCCAUCGUUUUGGAAACAUUCAUCGUUGGAUGAUGAAAAGAGCUUGUAAGAUAUGGCAAUAGCAUAUUCAUGAUGUAUUAUGUGAGUUUUGUCCAACCGUAUCUUUCAACGCCUCUCUGCUAUGUACCUAUGUACCAUGCCGAUUCCUCUCUCUUCAGGCCGUGUCCAAUGAACAAGACAAAAAUGUACGCAGCGCGCAGAAAAAAUAAAUAAAGUAAACGCAAAAAAGACGGCACUUUCCAAUACACUCCCUCCAAUGCCAACCGGAAUUAUUGUAAAAGCUUUCAAGGGGAGACGGACUUGGAUAAAGGGAAUAUGUUGAAAUGUCGGAGAAAGGGGGAGGUAUUGAGAUGUAAAUAUUAAGAUAAAAGUGGUAUUCAAAGUAGCCACCGCCGCCUUUUAUUCCAGGUUUAUACAAAAGGAACGUUUGUUGUUUUGUUGUUUUUGUGCUGGGGGGUAUCAAAAUAAGUCUUGAAUCGCUUUGCUUCCUUCAAACCCACGGCCGUCCUCGAGACCGACUCUCUGAUCUUGUCUGUGACCAGAACGAGGUACCGUCGCCAUCGCCUCUUCUCCGCGGGUUAUAUGGGCGGGGAUCCUCCUCAUCCUCUCCAACGGGCUCUGGCGGUGGCUUUGGCGCAGUUUCCGUGAGGGGAAUCUCAUCAGAGGGCCUGCCGUAGCCGGUGUCCAUGGGCACGGCUAGGCCAAGCUCGCCAAGCUGGGGGGCGGGUUCG